CCUGAGGAUGAGGGAGGGGUGGACACACUGACUCUGCCCGCCACAAGGAGGGUAACAUGGAACUCGGAGUAGCCCGGCGCUGGUCGUGGUGUCUCGCCUUGUAACGGACUACCAGCUGUCAUGUCAGUUUUAGGAGCUUAUCUGUUAUUGGUGCUGUGCUACAAGGAUGGGAGGAGAGGGACCGCGGGUGUGACGGCUGACGGGCACCUUAUUGCUGAGGGCUCAGCAGACCAGCAUGUUGGUCAACAGGUUCAACAUCAGAACCAGCCUGCAUCAGUCUCCUGGACAGGCCCCGUGUUUGCUCUGAAGGUCCAGGUCAGUGACAUGUUAAGUCGCCAAUCCCUGAGCCUGGCUAGGGUGGAGGUGUAUGUGAACUACACCAGGACUAACUCCGCCCUCACCACCGAGGACGGCGUGGUGAUGCUCAGUGUUCCCUACCAACCGGGGAUGCCUGCCGCCAUAGUGGCCGGCAGAGACCGCUACCUUCCCGCCUCGCUGCUCUGGAAAACUACUAAGAUGCCAAUAUUUACAGCUGUGGCCGUGUCCCUGUUAUCCAGUAACCUGGGCAACAUCUGUUGGUUUGAAGAUUCGGUUCUGAUAACUGGCAAAACAACUGAUGCAUUGCCUCAACCCAGGAUCCACUUCCCCAGGAGUCUCCUUAACCUGACAGACAGCAACCUCUCCUCUGUCUCAGCUCACCUUACAAUGCCUCAGCUGUCGGGUGGGACAGACUGCUACUCCUGCCCCACUGGCCUUCUGCUCAGUAACUCAGGGUACAGCAGUGUUGAGUUGAAGCCCGUAGCUUCGGUCCACGCCCAGCUCCUGUCCAACGGUGGAGAGGUCCCUGUGACUGGACCCAUAGACAUCACUCUUCCCCUGGGGGAGAACCCUGGACUGCGGACCUCCCAAGCCGUGCCAGCCUGGAGUUUUGACCGUAACACUGGUGUCUGGAUGAACAGAGGAACAGGAACAGUAAAGAUGGAGGAGGGGAAGUUGUUUUGGGCCUUCAUUGCUCCUCAUCUGGGCUACUGGAUAGCAGCACCUUUGCCAUCAAAUGGAGGUUAUGUGCAACACACCAACCUCUUGGAAUUCAUCUCCAACCAUAGCGCCUACAUUGUGGCCAUCCUGGGAGGAACACUUUCCUUCAUAGUUGGAGUGUUUGUUGUGAUCCUCUGUUGUCUUAGUGAAAAGAAGGCAACAAGGAUCCACAGCAUCAAAACAGCUGUGUUGCAGAACGACAAAACCACUUCAACACACGACAACCAACUCUGCGCGAUGUCCUCUCAAGGCUUGGCCCAAUCUAACCAUGUAUCCAGCCCACCAUUAACAUCGAGGAGAGAAGAACAACUGAAUGUUUCUGCGUCUUCCAAGCACAGUGCUGACUUCAACAUCUGUGUUGAGGAUGAAGAUGCCUACGGUCCAGAUUUAUCCAGGACUUUGCCGCAGACCCAUCUGUUCGACAGGAGUGACGUUCUGUGGCCCAGGGACAUUGCUGAGCAGUUAAGACUUCCUCUCUGUCUCAAUGAGAGCUUAUUCCUGCAGGACAGGUUGCUCCAAUCCCAAAACCAAACCGUGGCUAUCCUCCACGCCCCAGGGCUUUGGAGCUCACCGGAUCAGCCCUCCCCAGUAUGCCGACCAGCCACCCUGCCCAGAACAGAUAGUGCCCACAACCCUGUGCAGAGACUAUUGGUGGGCUUAGAAAAUCUCAGCCAGACUUUGCCCAGGGACCCUCUGCCCUCUCAGGGGCUAAUGCAGGGGCAUGACAUGGAGGGAAAGCCAGGGGGUCCGGAGGGGGGCCCAUCCACCAUCGAACUUGGGAACCAGGGUCGCAACUACACUAGUCUCCCAGAGUCUGUCUCAGUCCCCAAGAGUCUGAACGAGUCCAGGGUAAGAGGUGGGCACCGACCUCGAGGUGGGCGACCUUUCUCCAGUGAGCUGCUGGACACCGAUUGGAAUUCAGAGCACGCCUUGUCAGAGCCUCGAAGGGCCAAACCCUCUUCCCUCACGCCGCGGGCCUGGUUUGUGUCCCUGGAAGGCAAACCGGCAGCAGAGAUCUGCCGCAACUCUUCUUCAGUCACUGACUCGAAAAGGAGAUGCAAAGCAGAGGGGGAAAGCCGUGACACCAGCCUGGACUCCGGGGUGGAUAUGAACGAGCCCAACAACCAGCCGUCUGGUGUGACGAGGCAGACGACGCUGGUUCGCAGUAACACCUUCGUCAAGAGAACCACAUCGCAUGUCGAGCCCCUCCUUGUCCCCGCUGAUGCAGACCAGCGGGAACAGCUUCAUGGAAGAUCAACCCCCCAUGGGGACCUUCCUGGGGAUAGCAGCGGUUAACUUUAAAACGUGUGGAACAGCUACCAAGUUGAGGCUGGGAACUUGUCCCGUCAGUUUUCUGGGCUAUGUCCAGUUAAGGAAUGUCUAGCUGUCGAUAUAUAAUGUAGGACAAACGUGUCCUUAUGAAAUAAUAUAUCCAUGUGAUUUGUGUCUAUCCACAACAUUUGCUGGGUAUCCAUUUCACCCCUGGGAACAGCAUGAAGACAACGUCAAGAGCCUUGCGUCAUGGAGAGUUCAAGAUGCUCACUAACCUGUGGGGAAAAACACGUGGACUCACUGUGUCAAUAGAUGUUAUCACAGUCCUCUCUGUGUCAAAAGAUGUUAUCACAGUCCUCUCUGUGUCAAUAGAUGUUAUCACAGUCCUCUCUGUGUCAAUAGAUCUUAUCACAGUCCUCUCUGUGCAAUAGAUGUUAUCACAGUCCUCUCUGUGUCAAUAGAUGUUAUCACAGUCCUCUCUGAGUCAAAAUAUGUUAUCACAGUCUUCUCUGUGUCAAUAGAUGUUAUCACAGUCCUCUCUGUGUCAAUAGAUCUUAUCACAGUCCUCUCUGUGCAAUAGAUGUUAUCACAGUCCUCUCUGUGUCAAUAGAUGUUAUCACAGUCCUCUCUGAGUCAAAAUAUGUUAUCACAGUCUUCUCUGUGUCAAUAGAUGUUAUCACAGUCCUCUCUGUGUCAAUAGAUCUUAUCACAGUC